CAUUUGUCCAAAUGGUUCUUUCUCCAUAAGACUCACUUAUGAUGAGGUAGAUGGGGGAGUUAAAUGCAAUUUGGAAAAUGGCUUUCGCAGAAUGGCAAUUUUGUGGACCUGAAAUUCAUGCAAUGAAAAUGGCUUGCAAUUUUUUUUGCAGUAGCUUGCAGCAAAUUAUCAUAUGUGGGCUAAUCUCCUUUUAGUGUUAAGGGCAAUUAACUGACCACUUUCAUUAAUGUCUUGUGGAUGUAAAUUGGUCUAGACUACGGUAAGCAGGCAUAAACCUUUCUUUUGGCCUGUCACACUGUGACAGAUUACACAGGAAAAUAUUGUAUUCCAAUAGCUCCACCUAGUGUUGUCCAGACAUUAUUAACAGGUUCCUAAAACACUGCAACUUCGAAACAUAUGAAUUAAAAGAAAAUGUUCUAUGCAAACGUCCAUAGAAAUUAGCUCAAACCUAAAUAAACUACUAUAUAAAUUUAGGAAUGCUGAAUGCUGCAUUUCCUUGUGAGAUCACAGGGCUGAUUGUUCCUCUUUUAACAAAUAUUAAAAUGGAAUAUACAAAUAGAAUACAGUGGGAUGAAAUAAACAUGGAUGAAAUAAACAUGAAUUUGUACAAAUCUGAACAGGAAGAGAAAAGCAUUAAGCUCUUUUAAUCCUAAGCAUUGUUAUUUAAUAUCAAUAGCUUGCUUGGGACAAAAACAGGGUGUAUUUUUGGUAACAGAGGAACAUCAGCGGCCGGAGAGUUUAAAAUAGAUGUCAUAUGACACCAAUAAUAGUGAAUGUAACUUAGGAGACCUGUGAAGUUAUACAAAGGGCAAAACAAAAUGGAAGGCAGUACGAUACUCUAUGCUUUCAAUAACAUUUAUUUUGCAAUCUUUGCUUUGUUUUGUUUCAAGCUCUUAAUCAAAAUCUCUUUGGCUUUACUGACCCAUUUCUAUAUUGUGAAAGGGAACAGGAAAGAGGCUGCAAGGAUAGCAGAAGAGAUCUAUGGAAUAGCCCCAGGCUCAUGGGCAGACAGAUCUCCCCUUCACGAAGCUGCCUUUCAAGGGCGCCUCCUCUCGUUGAAAACCUUGAUAGCACAGGGGUUCAACGUGAACAUUGUUACAAUAGACCAUGUUACUGCUCUUCACGAGGCUUGCUUGGGUGGCCAUGUUGCUUGUGCAAAAGUGUUACUGGAACAUGGUGCUCGGGUGAAUGCAGUCACUUUAGAUGGGAUCACACCUCUGUUUAAUGCUUGCCGUUGUGGCAGUGCCCCUAGUGUCGAUAUGCUGCUUGAAUUUGGUGCCCGGCCGCAACUGGAGAAUCAUUUUGCUUCCCCCAUUCAUGAAGCUGUCAAGAGAGGCCACAGGGAGUGUAUGGAAAUUCUUUUAGCCAAUGGUGUUGAUGUGGACCAAGAAAACCCACAGCAUGGAACAGUACUGUAUGUGGCCUGCGUGAAUCAAAGGACAGACUGUGUCAAGAAACUUUUAGAACUAGGAGCUAGUGUCAACCUGGGUAAGGGACUGGACACACCACUUCAUGCAGCCGCUAGAAAAUCCAGUGCAGAAAUUGUCAACUUGUUAACAGACUACGGGGCCAGCUUGAAAUGUAGAAAUUCUGAAUUAAAAUGUGCUCUUGAUCUUGCUGCACCUAAUAGCUCUGUUGAACGGGCACUGUUGCUUCGGGAAGGCCCUCCUAGGCUGGCUCAACUGUGCCGAUUGUGUAUCCGAAAAUGCUUGGGCCGAUCAUGCCUUUAUUUAGUCCACAAACUACACUUACCUGAACGACUUGAAGAUUUUCUUUUGUUCCGAUAACCUUACAGUUCUUUGUAGGCUAACAGAACCAAUGAAAAAGAUUGUUUACUCUUAAUAUAAUAAAAACCAGGGGGGAAAUUAACAAAGGCACAUGGGGUUUAAAACCAUAAUAUAGGAAGCUUGAAAAGAGCAUCUGUGCAUUAUUUUCUGUGCAAAGCUUGUUCUGGAGGUUGAAAGUUUGCUUUUCAAAUGUUUAGCCAAAAUGAAGCAGUUUCUAUGUAAUCACAGCAAAAUGGGCUCUAGGGUUCUUCUCAUACCUUCCUCAUGGUUUAUUGUACCUCUUUG